UUAUUGUUUAGUGUUUUCCUCAUUUAUGCGAGCUUUAUAAUUCGACAUUGUUAAUUACGUUAUAUUACUUGGAACAUAUAUAAGUGAUAUGUGCGUCAUCCUUACCAUAACCCUGAUUGUGAUUGCCAUUCGGGACCAAACAGGUGAAUUCGUGUUGAAAACAUUUCAUGGUCAAUGUAAUCUCCGCAACAAACCAAAUUACUAGCGAAGCUUUUAUUAAGAUAUAGUCAUGGAUAAGAAAAAGUCGUGCUGAGAGAAAACGCCACUAUCGCAGAACAUGAUAACCGUUUUGCGAAAUCGAAAGGAGCAAUGUCGAAUGUGAACAUACUAAGCUACGACUUUCAAAGCAUCGCAUAGGGUCUAACGGCUUCCUUAUACAGUAGCAAAAUGAAGAUAAUGGACAGAGCAAAGCAAUCAUCAACGACGGCAGUACUAACGGCGGUGAUGCUAGUGAUAUUAAUAAACGUCUCCGUGACAUAUUCGACACCUCUGCGGCGCAGAUCGGUGGGCGAUCAAAUGAGCAUGUCAGACGCGAUGUUACGAGACUUUAUGAUGUUCACAGCCGACUUCGACAAUGACGGCAAACUGUCAGAAUCCGAGAUCACGUGGUUUUACAGAAACGUUGCACGAUACGAUGACUAUGUAGCAGAACUGUACGGAAGCGGUUUCAUUGAAAUCGCUGACUAUGAUAACGACGGGUUACUUAACCCAGAAGAAUUGUUGAGAAUGCUGCUUGCUUUAGAUGCCCAUCAUUGGACGAACAAGCGGUGAAGAGGUUUGACAUCUAAUAGAGAACGACAUGAUAAAACAGUUCAUCACGACAUAUUGGCUUUAAUAGGUCAUUUUCAUUGUUUUGGAAACAUUGCCAUUUGUCCUUAAAAAGAAAAUGCAUAGAAAGGUCUGAAUUUCAUUAAGUCUUCCUUGUCAUGCAAGGAUAUCAACUAUGUCAUAGAAUUAUAACUUUAAAAUUACAUAUACUGAAAUGGAAUAUAUUUAUUUUGCUCAAGUGAUAUUUUUGCUGGUAGUUGCAUUGUUUGUGAGCCUUUAGAUACUUAAUAUAGUUAUCAUUUAAUAGAGCAUUUAGACAUCCCUGAACACCUGUUAAGAUCCACUUAAAGGUUUCCGACCCACAAAUACGUGAUUUUUGGAUGUCAGGUGACCGGGUAUUAAUUUAGUUGUCUUUGAAAAAGUUAUAUGUCCAGAAAAAGAAACGCCAAAAAUUAGAAACAAGCAUGCUUCUUUGGCCUUGAAAAUUUCCAAAAUAGGUUAUAUAUCGUCCGAUUUAAGUAGAACAAAAGGCAAAAGUACAAACUACAGUAACUGUAUGUAUUUAAGAUAUAAGUUUGCAGCAAGCCAUACCCUUUCAAAUGAUAAGAAAAUUACAUGGGGUCACCAGACGUCACAUUUUAAGAUAUUGGUUAACAGUAUCAUAGAACUUACUUAUACGUGGAUCGGACUCCUUAAUCGUUUCAAAGUGAUGAAACGAUUUUAUUUAUAUUGAUGAAAAUAUUUGUUAAGACAAACUUCUGACGAAGAAUCGACGAAAAAUCAUUUCCCUGAUAUUGAUUUUGAUGUGUGAUUUAUUUAGGAGGCGAAUAAUUUAUUGUUACAAUACAUUCCUUUAACUUUUAUUUUGGUGUAUAUUUUAUGGUGAUAUAAUUGCUGACUAUAUUCUCUGUUAGUGACAAGAAAAUGACGAUAACGAUUCCCAAUUAAGGGUAAUCAGGAAAUGUUAUUACAUUUACCACAAGAAGCUUAAAGGCACAGUUUAAGUUAUGUCUGUCAGCUUAAUCCCCAGCGGACUAACCCCUGUUUUGUGACACUGUCUCAAUAGCAGGGUGCCAUAUUUCCUGCGUAAUGUUUAUUGGCUAAUUGCCAUCUAGGACUGUGUUCAAUGAAAAUGGGCGACCCCGGUUAUGCGUUGACUCUUCAAUAUGCAUUGGUCUGAUACCAGAGAGCAAUAUAGAUUAGGACCAAUAACUAACCGUGUGUAAUGCCAGAUUUGAAGGGGGUGGGGUCACAUAUACAAACGUUAAACUAUGCCUUUAACUAACUAAUGUAGACUACUGAUGAUGAAAGCCUUAAACUGUUUGUCUUUUGGUGGUCCUUUCAUCAUAGAAUUCUUGAAUCAGGACGCUUUAUCAUCUUUGCUACUUGUAGACAAUUGAUAACGAUUCCCAGGUGAGGAGAAACUUCAAACUGUCUGUUGGUGUUCCUUUCAUGAGUGAUGCCCUGAAACAGGACAUGUAUAACCUUUACUUCUUGUAUCUUAACAAGGUAAUAUAGACUGUUGAUAACGAUUCCGAAAUGCGGAUAAACUUGAAACUGUCAUUGAGUGUUCCUUUCACGAUUUUGUUACCCUUAAACUCUCCGUUUCUUUACGGAAAGCCUCCAAUAACAAUUUACAAGCAGUGAGCAAUGAUAUGUAAAUUAUAAAUAACAAAAACCAACAUUGAACGUAAAACGUACAACACCAAUAACAAAAAGACAGCAUUUAGCACUACUAUGCACACUAUCAAUAACAACUGAACAGCAUUGAUCAUUCAUACGUGCAUAACCAACAACAAGGAGCCAUGGUAUGAAUGCUUAUAUUAUGUCAUGUAAUUAUUAUAAAUUAGAUUUAAGAAUUAUUACAAUAUAAAAUCGAAAACAAGUGCCAUGCAUUUAAUAUAAUUUUUGAAUAAGAUUUGAAUACAAAUGUCAUGCAAUUAUUAUAAUAUAGAUUUCAAAACCAACAGCCUGCAGUUAUCAUAUAGAUUUGAAAACAAAUGUCAUGAAAGUGUUAUAACAUAGUUUAAAAACAACUUGCAUACAAUUGUCAUAAUAAAGUUUAAAAACAACUGACAUGAAAUUAUCGUAAUAUAUGUAUAUUUUUUUUUAAAGACUGAUGCCAGUAUAUUUUUGAACAAAUAUAGCUAUUAAAGAAUACGGUACAAUAUAAUACCAAGAUAUAUUCUUAAAAAAAAGAAUAUUUAUUAGAAAAUGGAAAUACUUUAUAAGAAUUUUGAUGAAAUGUCCUGAUUAAAUUGAAGAACAGUACAAUAGCAUUUGAAAAGUUUUGCUAAAAACGGCAACGUCUUGUUCAUUUUAACUAAACUCAAUAUUAGUUAUUUUCAUUAUAUGAUAUUGUUAUUAAGAGCUUUGUCUUAUGGAUUGUUAAGGGCAAAUAUAGAUUGCAUUUUUCUAUGUUUCUUCUUAAACGAUUUUUAAUAUUGGAAAACUACAGAUUAUAUGUUGUCUUUUUAACCGUUAGAAACAUGUUUUACGAAGAAGCAUUAUGUUUGUUUCAGGUUUUAUGCCCCCCAAAAUAGGGUGGGUAGAUCGGAAAAUCUUUUUUAUGUGGCAUAUUGUUUCUUGAGAUUUUCUUGUCACGAAAAACUAUAUCUUUUAUGCUAAAGAACAUCUUUACCAUUUGUGUUAGCAACAUUUGUAUUCUUAAAAGCCAAAAACACUUCAUUUUUAACUUUUAAAAGAAAAAUAAUCCCAAGGCAAUUAAAAAGGUUUAGGAUCGGGGCCAAAAAGGGUCGGUCAUGAAACCUGAACACACAUUAUGUUUUUUACGCCUUCAGAUAUUAUAUUACCUAUGUGAUUAAAGAUUAAACUAUUUCAGAUUUUUCUUUGGAAGAAUUCUAUCAAACAUAUUCAAGAAAAUAUUGUUGGUUUGUUUAAAUGUUACUAGCUUUGGUUUGUAAAUAUGACAAACAUGUUUCGCAAACGUUUUAGUUCCAUGUGGACUGCAUGUCAUCAAUAUCAAAAU